AGACAAAAGUAGGCAACACUGAUUUGUAGUCUUAUACGUUUACCGUUAUUUCAAUUCUAUUUUAUCCUUACUCGGUUCGGUGUCGUAUCUGUGCGGUGCGGUGUUUUUAGUAAAUAUUUUUUAAAAUUUGCCUUCUUUUUUUUAAUUUUAAUUAUGUUCAAAGUGGUGUUUAUAGUUAUUUUAUGUUUAUCAUUAACGAAUUGUGCUGAUAUCGAAUGUCCCUCGCUGGUGGAUGCAGACAGCCUGUCUCAAACUCAACUGCUUGAGAGACUUACUCAUGGUUGCCGCUACGAUCGUUUGGAGCGACCGGUUACUUUUUCCGAAUCGGGCAGUCGUCUACCGGUGGACGUUUAUGUGCGAUGGUAUGUUUACUUCAUGCAGAAUUUGGAAGCUCAUGAUUUGCAGUUCAAAAUACAUGCUUUGCUACAAUUGCGCUUUCUGGAUCCGCGUCUGACGUUUCGUAAGGUGGCUCCCAAACGCAAGCAGCCAAUACUGGGUGAGAAACAACUGCGCGACAAUUUAUGGGUGCCUCACAUCUUUCUGGCCAAUGAACGUGAUUCCAGCAUUAUGGGUACGAAUGAAAAAGAUAUUCUAACCUCAAUUUCUCCAGACGGUACGGUAAUUAUCUCGAGCCGCAUUAAGGCAACUUUGUACUGCUGGAUGAAUUUGCAAAAAUUCCCCUUCGAUGAGCAGCAUUGUUCGACAUAUUUGGAGAGCUGGAUGUACAACACAUCUGAAUUGGUUCUGCACUGGGAACAAAAGAGACCAAUAACGUUUGAUCCAGAUUUGCACUUGACAGAGUAUAUACUUCAAGAAGCCUGGAGCAAUGAGUCAGUGAUCAAUGCUGAUUUGAAUGACCUGCGCCAUGGGGCAUUUGCGGGUAAUUAUAGUUCACUCGACUUUACUGUUGGAUUUUCGCGUGAGGUUGGAUUCUAUUUGAUGGACUAUUUUCUGCCCUCAAUGUUGAUUGUGGGCAUAUCGUGGGUCUCAUUUUGGCUAAGGGCCGAUCAAGCGCCUCCAAGGAUUAUGUUGGGAACAUCAACAAUGUUAACCUUUAUAACAUUGGCUUCGGCUCAAGGAAAAACUUUGCCCAAAGUAAGCUACAUCAAAGUGUCAGAGGUUUGGUUUUUGGGUUGCACGUUGUUUAUCUUUGGCAGUUUACUUGAAUUUGCUUUCGUGAACACGGUAAUACGCCGCAGACGCAAUGUAGACGUGAAAUCAAUGAGCAGCAAACACAUAUUGAAAUCCACAAUCCCACCUCGUAUUUCGAAACGUAAAAUACGAUCUCGUUCACUCUCGUCGGCUACACUGGGAACAGACAGUAUUUCUCUUACGGGAGCACCAACGUACAACAACUACAUGACGGUGCACAACUUUCCCAUAAAUACUAUCAAAGAAACUGAGAGUGACACCGACAGCAUUUCCAAAGUGACAUCUUUCACUACCACCACCAACAAUCAAAAGGUGGAUAUGGGGCUCUUGGAGCGAAGGGGCUUUAACAAUUGCCAUGGUGAUGACGAUGAAGAUGGCUGGACCACACUUACUCCCGAACAAUUAUCGCAGUGGAUUGAUGUUCGAGCCCGUGUCCUGUUUCCCUUAACCUUUCUGGUGUUCAACGCUUUCUUCUGGACAUUUGUGUAUAUUUUUUAGUUCCUCUCUGUAUUUUAUUCCUGAUAUUACAUUCUUUACAUUCCUAGUCUUGUUCAAUUUUGUAAACUUGCAUGUGCCUCCAGCAAUACUAUUUUAUACCAUAAAGAUGUAAAAACAUUUUAUUUCAAUAAA